GGGCUGCUAUAUCCUCCUCCUGUUCGCUGCAGGUGUCUCUGUGUUGCAAAGGACUCGGACUGGCAUGCCUGGACACCACGUAAGUGCUGGCAGGACUAGUCGCGGCAGGUACCGAUUCCUCUCCUUCGGCCGGACCAGCAGCGUCCGCAGUUCUAAAGUAAGAUGGGGGGUAGAGUACUGCUUGAUGGGCGCAAUUAUGCUCGUUGCACGGGUCUCCGCUCUCCCCGCCGCCGCAAACGGGGCUGCGAAAAAGAUCCAUUACUCUAAUAAAAGCGCACCAACAAUUCCGCUCAGCUGUGUGUUAAUUAGAGGUGUGUCGAAAAACAGUGCUGCCGUCCUGGCUUGCACAAGGCCAAGAGCUUGUACCAGGAAUACUUUUCCAUGGCUGGUCACGGGCUAAGUUCUCAGGAGGCCCAGGAGAAGCUCCAAAGACAGCUAGAACACCUAUGCCACAGACUGGGGAGAGUAAACUGGCUGAGGGAGAUAAGGCAACCUCCCUACACACUUCUAGUAUGCCUUGGGCUCGCCCUUGCUGGGCUACUUCUCGUGAUCGACUUUUCACUCUCGCCAGAACAAAACGGAUCCACUCUGCUUCAUGCCCUCAUCCUAAUCUCCUUUUCCUAUGUCAAUUGUGCGCUGUUCUGUUGGGAAGUGUACAUUAUCAAGACUCGGAAAAUAAGACGGCUUCUGUCCAAAGUGAGACCUUUUCUCGACACGGUGUGUCCAUGGACGGCAGCAUCUUACCCGUCACGGUCCAUAAACACUCUCAGAGGGCACUUUACCGUCCACGCUCAUAGAGAUGGCCGUCUCGUGAAUCUUCCCUGCAGUCUUGUAGUUCAAGGGGACGUUAUAGAACUCUAUAGGGACAUUCCUUCCCCUGCUAAUGCGACCUACUUGAACUCGAAGGGAAUAGCUACCAACGUUCACGUUGAGAGGGGAAACUUUCCUCCCACGGAGCUGUUCCAAGACUACGACGGUGAGAGAGGAGAUGGUGUUAGGAUUGUGGGGGAAGAGAAGAGGGCCACGUUUGUCGUGAUGCAAACCCCCAUCAUAGCCACGUUUCGUAACACACUCCAAAAGAAAAGGGCAACGUCCGUUCUAUCGCGGCAAAAGACGCACACUCUACUGGCAAACAAUGUCCUCAUACUCGUCACACUGGGAGUGUCUCUUGUGUGGAACGUCAUCCGAUUCUCUGUCUUACCCGACGAUUUCGGUCACUGGACCGAGAUGAUACUGCAACUGCAGGUGUACACCGUUCUUGCCCUACUUCAACCGGUCUUGCCACUCAUGUGGGCAUUCGUGAACCUCUACGGAACGGCAAAGAUUGUUUUACUCGCUGAGAAAGACCCAGAGUCCAGUCCCAUUGGGCACAGUAACACUAUUUUCAUGCGAUUCAGAAACGUGGGCAAAGUUUUGAAGAAGAUGGUGGUUUUACUGGUUUGUCCAUCAAUGUACCCCAACUAUCGGGUGUUCCAUAUCCUUGGAAGUCUGACUUCGCUUUGCUCCAUUGAUAAAGAGUAUGUAUUGACAGACAGUGUACCUGUCCCUGAGAAGGUUUUCUUUCUGACACGGAGGUCUUUGGAAGAUGUUUUACCAAAAGACACUGGGGCAGCCGUCAACUGACGGAAAAAUCUUUAGGAUAUCGACAGAAGACGGGGCAGAAGCGAAGGGAAAGGGAGAGGAGAACUUAUCGCACCGGAACAGGUGCUCAAAGUGUCUGGGGAAACUGGAGACUUGUGUUGAAGUGCAUGUGGAGACAGUGUCAGUAGAUGGAGCCCACGAAGGACGGAUUGAAGGGAGCAGCAUACCCACGUGCAAGUCGACACAAGAGCUAGAAAAAGCUGUGAAGCCUCUGCCAACCGAGAUGUCAAGGGCAGGUAGUGACUCAGCCAUACUUUCUUCUACGUCACCUCGGAACGCUAGCACAGCGAUUGCCGAGGCAGUCCCUCUAGCAAAUGAAGCAGAUAAACCGCCACCCAACCCCAAGAAAAUGCCGUCACGUUUCUUGUCUCAGGACUCU